GCCCCAGUUGUAUACGCAAGAAAAACUAACAUACUUUUAUUUAGUUUUUUUUUUUUCCGAUUCUAAAAACAUUUAUCCUUUUUUUCAUGGAAAAAAUAAUGCUCUUUCUUGAUCAGACAUUGUUAAUUAGGAAUUAGGAAUAGAUUAGCGUUAAUCCGCUUAAGUCGCUAUUUCUCCUCUUAAGAUAAUGUCCAAGACAUUUCUUCUUCUAUCUUCAAUUCAAGACAAAUGUCCAUAUGUUUGUCUUCAAAGUUGUUACAAACUCUUCACGAAGAUCAAUGAAUACCGAACAUGAGACACAGUUUGAGAAUUUUGACUUGAUCACGUGAUAAUGACGUCAUUUAAACAUAUCUAGCAAUUUUAAAAUUUUGCGUUAGCACCGAUUUAUGAAAAAUGAUGUAAUAUGCAAUAUUAUUUUGCUAACGUAAUGUACGUGACAUAGUUUAAUAUUUUUUUCUGAUUAAAAUGCCUGUAAAUUUGAAAUUAUCAUUCCUCUGAAUAAAAGCACUUAAACUUUUAUUAGAUGUGAAAUUUUGUUGAUGUGAAGUAUGUGAUUUCGUAUGCAUUUAAUGUGAAUAACGAGAAGAAAAACCAAGGGAUUGUGUUUUUUAAAGUAAAAAAAAAAAAAAAAAAAAGUCAUCGCUGUUGCCUAGCGCUUUUGUUAUCCAUUAAGAUGAAAAACUCUGUAGGUGAAUAUGUAGGAACAUUUUACUCCGUAAUUCAAGCAAUGAGUUUCAACUAAAUCAAAAUAAUUGCGGAUUUUAUGCAGUUGUAAAGAAACUAAAUGAAAUUAUCGAACUUUGUGUCCUUGUCUAAAAUAGUAAAUAACGAAAUGAAUAUAAAAAAAAGAUUGAGUAUGCAAUAUUAAAGUGUGGCUAUAAUCCUUGUAAUAAAAAGGUUUAAGUUAACAAUUUAAUUCAAAAAAUAUAUCUCGUGUAUAUAAAGGCAUCUUAAAAGUUAAUCUGUCGAUCAAUUCUGAGAAUGCAAUAAAUUUUCAUCUCUUUUGGCCUGAAUUGCUUAUUUAUUAGCCGGGAUAACAAGGAAUUGGCGUAUUUAUUAGUUAAAAUACAUGCAUAUAGUUUCACGUACAGAUGUAUCUAAAUAUAUGAGAAACUAGCAUAAAAAAUUAUGAAUUAUUUUAGAUAUGUAUUUUAUUUAUAAAAUCACUGAUUAUUCAUAAUAAGCCAUCUGAUAUAUAAACUGUUUUGAAGUGUUCUCAAACAGUUAUUUCACUAUUACCCUCAGCUGUGUAAAAUCUGUAACUAUUAAUUAGUCAUAAAUAAUAUAGCUCUUUGAUAGAAAUCAUAAAUAUUGUUUUAUAAGGAUAAAUGCCGUUAUAUCAAACAAAUUUAUUCCUCAAGCCAUAGUUAUGUGCCUAGUAGUUAAAUUAAGAAGAAACUUACAUGUGUGUCAUUUCUAAGUUUAGUAUUAUGAAAGAGUGAAAAUGAUGAUGCAGACCCAGUCAAAAAUAAGACGUUUUAUUUGUGAAUUGUGCAACAAGGCAUUUUUACAUAAAGCAAAUUUGCAACAGCAUAUGCAUGUUCACACGGGUGAGAAACCUCAUACUUGUGAGAUAUGUAAGAAAUCAUAUGUGCGAAAGAGUGAUUUGAUGAUUCAUACCCGAAUUCAUACGGGUGAUAAACCGUAUGUGUGUAACAUAUGUAAUGAAUCCUUUAGACAGAAGUAUAAUUUACAAGUCCAUAUGCGUAUGCACACGGGUGAAAACCCGUUUGUUUGUAACGUGUGUGGUAAGUCAUUUGUGAAAAUGCGUACAUUAAAAAUGCACACACUUAUCCAUAUAGGAGACAAACCAUAUGUAUGUGAGUUAUGUGGUAAGGCAUGUAUACGGAAGGGUGAUUUACAAGUGCAUAUGCUUAUUCACAAAGGUGAUAAAUGUCAUGCUUGUGAAUUAUGCAACAGAUCAUUUGUGCUUAAAUGUCAAUUACAGCGCCACAUGCGCAUACACAUUGGUAAGAAAAUUCAUGUGUGCGACAUCUGCAAUAAGUCAUUUGUACACAAAGAUAGCUUAAAUAUGCAUAAGCGUACUCAUACAGGUGAAAAGCCACAUGUUUGUGAGAUAUGCAAUAAGUCAUUUGUAGGAAGACAUACAUUGAGACGGCAUAUGUGUACUCAUACAGGUGAAAAAUUCCACGUAUGUGAUAUAUGUAACAAGUCAUUUGUGCAGAAAGGAAAUCUUACAAAGCACAUGCAACUUCACGCUGGUGAGAAACCUUAUUUUUGUGACAUAUGUGGUAAAUCAUUUGUGGAAAAUUGUAAAUUACAGCGUCAUAGGCGCACUCAUACAGAUGAAAAGCCUUUCACAUGCGAUGACUGUGGUAAAUCUUUUUUAGAAAAGAGUGUAUUGCAGGUGCAUGUGCGUACUCAUACUGGCGAGAAACCUUUCGUUUGCAGCGUAUGUGAUCGUGCUUUUGCACAGAGAAGUUCAUUAAAUGGCCACAUGUUUACACAUACUGGGAAUAAACUUCAUACGUGCAACACAUGCAACAAGUCAUUUGUCCGAAAAACUGAUUUACGGGUGCAUAUGUAUAGUCAUACUGGUAAGAAACCCUUUGUCUGUGAGCUGUGCAGUAAGUCAUUUGGAUGGAAUUAUGAAUUGCAAAGGCAUUUGCUUGUUCAUUCUAAACAAAAAUGCAAUGCAUGUAACAUAAGUACCGAUUCAUUUUCUCAGUCUAAUGAGUUGAAUCAAAAUAUGUAUAUUCAUACGUGUGGAAAACCUUAUACAUGCACUAUCUGUAGUGAAUCUUUUGCCCAAAAAAUUGCAUUUCAGAUGCAUAUGUUUGAUCAUACAGGAGAGAAGCCUUAUGAAUGUAAUAUGUGUAGCAAGUCAUUCAUGAAAAAAAAUAAUUUACAGCGACAUUUACUUACUCAUACAGGUGAAAAAUCCUUUGCAUGUGAAGUGUGUGAUAAGGCUUUUGCACAGAAAUCAGCAUUGCAAAAACAUUUACGUACACACGUAGGGGAUCAGUCAUUCACCUGUAAAGAGUGUAAUAAAUCAUUUAGAUCAAAGAAAGAGCUUCAAAGACAUGAACUUUCUCAUACUGGGCAGAUAUCAUAUGAUUGUAAUUUGUGUUCUGAAUCAUUUUUUGAGUUAAGUGAAUUAGAGCAACAUGUGCACAAUCAUACAGGUGAAAAACCUUAUGUCUGUGACAUAUGUAACAAAUCUUUUUUGAAGAAAUGCAUGUUACAGAUUCACAUGUAUAAUCACACAGGUGAGAAACCACAUAAAUGUGAAGUGUGUAAUAAAUCAUUUAUACAGAAGAGUAGUUUAUUGCGACAUUUACUUGUCCAUACGGGUGAGAAAUCUCAUGUCUGUGAAAUAUGUAAUAAAUCAUUUGGGCAAAAAUCUACAUUGCGGAGGCACAUUCAUACACACUUGGCUGAAAUAUCUCAUGUUUGUGAAGUAUGCAAUGAAACGUUUAGAUGGAAGAAAGAGUUUGAAUUGCAUAUGCAUACUCAUACUCAAUAAAAUACAUUACAUCUGAUUUCUCAAGUUAUGAUUACUAUACAUUUACGAUAUAUAGCAUGUUAAAAGAAGAAAUUGUAAUCAUAUAUGGAUACAUUUCUCAAGACUUAAUUUCUACGCUAAUAGGUGCUGGAACCCUAUGAAAAGCCAUUUAAAAAGGUAAAUAAAUAAAUUUAAAAAAAAAAUAAUAAGAAAAUUAAAUAGAGUCUAAAGAAACAAACAGGAAAAAAAAAA